AUGAGUUAUCGACACAGAGAAUGUUGCAAGCUUGCGACUAAAUUAGAUAGGAUUAGUGGUUUACCUGAUGAAGUACUUGGUCACAUCCUUUCAUUUCUUCCUACAAAAUGUGCAGUGGGUACGAGCAUAUUAUCAACCAGAUGGAAGUAUCUUUUCCGGCUAACCACCAAUCUUUAUUUUGAAGACUCGUAUGCAUCAUCUGCUGGUAAUGAUGCAAGCGAAGAGGAAAAAGAAGGUCGAAAAGAAAGCUUUAAGAAGUUUGUGUAUCUUGUCUUGGCAUUGCACCAAAAAUCUUCCAUUACGGAAUUCAGUCUAAAGUGUCAAAACACCUAUGAGAAUUCACAUAUUGACAUAUGGGUAAGUGCUGCAAUACUGAAGAAAGUUCAACAGCUCUAUCUUGACCUGCUUGGAACUGUCAAAGAACGACCAAGUUUGCCAAUUAUCUUUUUCAAUUCUAAAACAUUGGUGGUAUUAGAAAUUAGUGGUUGUUUCGAACUACAAGUACCAAACUUGACGGCUGUGUUUUUCAAGGAGGCAAUGCUUGCAUUUAUUCUGAUACACUUGAGGAUUUAA